GAGGCCUUUGCCUUCAUCUCUGCAUGAGCUCUCCCUCCCCAGAGACCAACUCUUUUUUAUUUUAUUUUAUUUUAUUUUUUAAUUUAUGUCUGGAAGCCUGGCUACUCUGCAUCUGGGAUUGGGGAUGUUCGGGUGGGGCGUGGUCCGUGUUCAGUGUUCUAGCAACGUGUGUGUGUGUGUGUGUGUGUGUGUGUGUGUGUGUGUGUGUGUGUGUAAAGGCUGCAGCCAAAAUACCAUCUGGCCAGAUGGGCCCACCCACUGACUGUCUACUCUCAUUCUUUCCAACCCGGAGGGAUGUGCUGGGGAUGGGGAGGUCACACCAUUGGAAUGGGGAGGGAGGUCUGUGGCUGCAAUUUUACUCUCCUUCCCCCACCCUCCCCUAUCUGUCUCCGGUUACCGUGGGCCCGCCCCUCCAACUGAGUGGCACAGAAAUACCUACAGAUAUGUAUGUGGGUGGAUGUGUGUGGGGUAUGGGUGUGGAUAAGAGUGGGCAGGUGAGAGGAUAGAUAAGUGGUUAGGUGGACUGAUGGAUAAAUAAGUGGAAGGUUGCACAGAUCAAUGAUGGGGGAGGUUGAGAAAUACACAGGCAGAUGGAUGGAUAGGCAAAUGGAUGAAUAAAUGGAUAGAUGGAUAGGUUGGAGAUGUAAGUAGACGGAUGGCCAGGGGAAUGGAUGGAUGGAUGAGGAAGAGUGAAGAGUAGCUCCCGGCAAGCUCGGAGGGGCGGGGAGAGAGAAGCAGAGGAGGAGGAGAACUCGGGCAGCUCUGCAGCGGGGGGCAGGAGCUCCGGUGUUUGGUACCCCCAGCCCCACCGCUGUGGCCGCCGCUGCAGCGGGGACACAGACCAGCCCCUAACGGUGGGACGCAGCUUCGCCUCGGCCUCCCCCAUCCGCCCCCCCCCGCAAGGCCCGCCAGCCCCCCUCCCUGGAGACACACCCAACUCCCUUUAACACCCCACCCGCUCUCCAACCCAUUUUGCUGGGGGGAAGGGGGACCCCUCCUCUUAGUCUUUAUCCAACCUCUGGGUGCUCUGGGGCUGUGCCCAACUUCCAGUUGAGCCCCAGGGGGCUUCCUCAGGCCUCUUCCCCCCCCCCCCCGUGGAACUCUUGAGAGGGUGAACCAGACUUUCUCAGCACCACCCCCAUACCCCUCGCUCCCAGACACCUCUCGGUCUCUGAAAAAUAACCUAGCCCCAUAUCUACCCCUUUAGAUGCCCCACUCCCUUCUCCAGCCCCUCUAGGGGGCCCCACCUUGCCUUCCUUCCCCAGAACUCCUGUAGAGUGUAGAUACCCCCCCCAGGCUAUUCUUGGCAGCUCCAGGCACUCCCAAGACACCUGGCAGCCUCUUUACAACCUCCUGGUUCUAUAGCCACCUCUUCCGUGCACGAACCCCUUUCCUGGAUCCAUGAGGGAGCUCCAAUCCCCUAAUCUUUUCCUCAGAAGUUUUGAGGGUGUGGAUGACCCGCCUCACUUUUCUCGGCCCCUCUAGAACCCCCCUCUAGACACUCUCGGCCUCUUUGAAACACCUCUGCUCCCAUUUCCACCCCUCUGGACGUCAGCCCCGGUCCCUUCUCCAAGCCCACUAAGGGGUCCCAGCCCCAUCUUCCCUCAGAACUCUUGAGAGUGUGGACAACUCCCCAGUGUUCCUUGCCCUCCUAGGCACCCCAGACAUCUCGCAGGCACAUGCUGACCCCUCGAGAGCCAUCCCUGUCUCUCUAAACACUCCCUCAGAUCCUUCUCCGCCCCUCCGGGCGCCCCUUUGCUGUUCUUCUCCAUGCGCCCUAGCCCCUCCUCCGUAGGUCCCUCAAGACAACCCCCAAGUCCCCCCCCGACCCCCCAAAUGCCCCCCCAGCCCCCCCCCGUCCCCCUAGUUCCUCCUGGUUCCUCUUUGCCUCCGUUGACACCCCCCGCUUGCUGUGCCAGUGGCCCAGGGCCCCUUCCAAGCCCCCACCACCCUGGAGACAGCCCCCCUCUCCUAAGGGCCCCCCCCCCCAAGUCUCCGUGGGCCUGGGGCGCGGCAGGAUGGCGGCAGGCGUGGCCACGUGGCUGCCUUUCGCGCGGGCGGCCGCGGUGGGCUGGUUGCCCCUGGCCCAGCAGCCCCUGCCCCCCGCGCCGGGGGUGAAGGCGUCCCGAGGGGACGAGGUUCUGGUGGUGAACGUGAGCGGCCGGCGCUUCGAGACCUGGAAGAACACGCUGGACCGCUACCCAGACACCCUGCUAGGCAGCUCGGAGAAGGAAUUCUUCUAUGACGCGGACUCGGGCGAGUACUUCUUUGAUCGCGACCCGGACAUGUUCCGGCACGUGCUGAACUUCUACCGCACCGGCCGCCUGCACUGCCCGCGGCAGGAGUGCAUCCAGGCCUUCGACGAAGAGCUGGCUUUCUACGGCCUGGUGCCCGAGCUCGUGGGCGACUGCUGCCUCGAAGAGUACCGGGACCGCAAGAAGGAGAACGCCGAGCGCCUGGCCGAGGACGAGGAGGCCGAGCAGGCCAGCGAUGGCCCAGCCCUGCCGGCCGGCAGCUCCUUGCGGCAGCGGCUCUGGCGGGCCUUCGAGAACCCGCACACGAGCACCGCAGCCCUCGUUUUCUACUACGUGACAGGCUUUUUCAUCGCCGUGUCGGUCAUCGCCAACGUGGUGGAGACCAUCCCGUGCCGCGGUCCCGCGCGGCGGCCCCCGAGGGAGCAGCCCUGCGGCGACCGCUUCCCCCUGGCCUUUUUCUGCAUGGACACGGCCUGUGUGCUCAUAUUCACGGGCGAGUACCUCCUGCGGCUGUUCGCCGCCCCCAGCCGGUGCCGCUUCCUGCGGAGUGUAAUGAGCCUUAUCGAUGUCGUGGCCAUCCUGCCCUACUACAUCGGGCUUUUCGUGCCCAAGAACGAGGAUGUCUCGGGCGCCUUCGUCACCCUACGUGUGUUCCGGGUGUUCCGCAUCUUCAAGUUCUCCAGGCACUCACAGGGCCUGCGGAUUCUGGGCUACACCCUCAAGAGCUGUGCCUCUGAGCUCGGCUUUCUCCUCUUUUCCCUUACCAUGGCCAUCAUCAUCUUCGCCACUGUCAUGUUUUAUGCCGAGAAGGGCACAAACAAGACCAACUUUACUAGCAUCCCUGCGGCCUUCUGGUAUACCAUUGUCACCAUGACCACACUUGGCUAUGGAGACAUGGUGCCCAGCACCAUUGCUGGCAAGAUUUUCGGAUCCAUCUGCUCCCUCAGCGGUGUCCUGGUCAUUGCACUGCCUGUGCCAGUCAUCGUGUCCAACUUUAGCCGCAUCUACCACCAGAACCAGCGUGCUGACAAGCGCCGAGCACAGCAGAAGGUGCGCUUGGCAAGGAUCCGGUUGGCGAAGAGUGGUACCACCAAUGCCUUCCUGCAGUACAAGCAGAAUGGGGGCCUUGAGGACAGCGGCAGUGGGGAGGAACAGGCGCUGUGUGUCCGGAACCGGUCUGCUUUCGAGCAACAACAUCACCACCUCCUGCACUGUCUAGAGAAGACAACGUGCCAUGAGUUCACGGAUGAGCUGACCUUCAGCGAGGCUCUGGGCGCCGUCUCACUGGGGGGCCGCACCAGCCGCAGCACCUCCGUGUCCUCCCAGGCAGUGGGGCCCGGCGGCCUGCUGUCCUCCUGCUGCCCCCGCAGGGCCAAGCGCCGUGCCAUUCGCCUCGCCAACUCCACGGCCUCGGUCAGUCGCGGCAGCAUGCAGGAGCUGGACACACUGGCAGGGCUGCGCAGGAGCCCUGCCCCUCAGAGCCGCUCAAGCCUCAAUGCCAAGCCCCAUGACAGCCUCGACCUGAACUGCGACAGCCGGGACUUUGUGGCUGCCAUCAUCAGUAUCCCUACCCCUCCUGCCAACACGCCGGACGAGAGCCAACCUUCCUCCCCUGGUGGUGGUGGUGGGGCCAGCAGCACCCUCAGGAACUCCAGCCUGGGCACCCCUUGCCUCCUCCCGGAGACUGUCAAGAUCUCUUCCCUGUGAGCGGUGGGUCCGCCCGUCCAGAGGGCCCUCUCGAUUUUUGGGGACUCCUUUCCAAAGCCAUAUUUUGGGGAGGCCGGGAGGGGCAGGCCUGGGGACCCCUUCUGCCCCCCACUGAGAACUAUGCAAUGGAGUUUGAUGGAACGGCUCACCUGGUGGGGAAGCAGCCAGGGAAGGGGAAACUUUCCCCACCCCCGAUGGUUUUUCCAGGGGGCGCUGAAGUGCUGGGCCUCCUCAGGCCCCCCCGCCCCCCCCCCCCCCCGGCCUCCUUGCCCCAGCAUGCUGGGGCUGGCCUCUCUCCCCUAGCUGGCCUCCUGCAUGCUCCUCCUCUUGGGCCCCCGGGGGCCCCACCUGACAUCUGAGCUCUGGCCUGAGAAGGAGAGAUGAGAUUCCCUCUUCUCUCUGGCUGGGCUGUGGAGGUUUGGGGGUUCAGAGAAGAGAACCUUCGCCUCUGAUCUGGCCUCUAGGAGAUGUCCCUGCCCUCCACCGAGCCCCACAAAUCCCCAGUUCUGAAGCUUGGAAUGCAACCACAGGCUUCAUGGGCUGUGGCCUCAGCAGUGACUUGCCAGCCCCCAGCCUUGGCUCAGGGGUCAGGCUGCCUCUCCCAAUCCACACAGAUAGCACAAACACCACUCCCCUUUCCUGGCUGCUGGAAACGGGUGCCUGCAACCCCGUCCUCCGCUGGGCCCCCAGCAAACUCUAGCAAUAGCAGCUGCUGCCAUGACAAUUAUGCAAAGCCUCUCUGCCCAGUCUGCUGCAGCAUUUACAUCUGCCCUAAUCAGAGGGGCCGCCUCCACCCACUCCUCCUCUCUUCUCCUCUGGUUUGCUUCCUUCCUGGGUUCAGCUGGAGUCUGGACUGGCUGAGAUAAGAGCCUAGCAGCCAGCGAGAGCUGGGCUGUGUUUGGAGAUCAUAGCUGAUUCCAAGUUCUUGGGCAGGAGUCCAGAAGCAUCAGGGGCUGAGGCCUGGGUUGUUCCUGAACUCUGGGAGUUGUUGGGGGCAGGAGGAACUUCUUGAUCUCCUCUUCCUCCCUCCCCCAACCCCACAGAGCCUUUUCACAUAUUCCUCUCUCUUUUCCCUCUUGGGUCACCUUCCAGAACUCUGUGUCUGCUCUCAGGCUGAAAUCUGGCAUCAUCUCAGGUUCCCUGUCCCCAGCACUGUCCCCGUGGAGCGGGUGGCUGACAAAGAUGUAGUUUCCAUCAGUCAAUAAAACCUGAGAGGAGAGAUGGG